AAUCACUGUUUUGUUGUCAGGCAGCACAUAAUCAGCUAAAUUUCUAGACGUAUUGAAGUCCCAAUCCGGUAGUGCAGCUGAAAUAAAUAUAAAAAAUAACACGUUUUCGCCAACGCAAUCCCGACAUCAUUAUUUGAAUGAAAGAAAACUCGUGCUUCGCAUAAUACUGCUGCAAUGUCCUCUUAUACUCAAGGUCUUCAUCACUGCAAUCCAUUUCACUAUUACCAACCUCUGCGGAUUCAAAUUCAGCAGAGGAAUAGAUAUCAGUGAUUUCGCGAUUGUGAUGACUCCUUUGCGGCAGUAAUAAGCGCUUUUCAUGUUGACCCGGAACCAUUUUGCGUGCAACAAACGUUAACUAUCAGCAUAUUCAAUCUAAAGUGCAUUAAAUGGCCAUGAAGCGACCUUAAUUAGUGUUGUUAUUUUUUUGCCUGCGUAGAGUAAAUAAUGCAUGCAACUCCUGUUUCCUUUGUCGACCGGUUUAGCACGACGUCAUCUUUGGCGUUAUAUUGAUCACGAGUAUUUCGAGUAAACCCUUCAAAUUCUAUUUAUUUCGUUUCAGAUAAUGCAGCGCUCUCCGAUAUGAUUUUAGAUAACACCAUGGUAAUUAAAUGAUUAAUUUUGCACAAAUAUACACCUUUAUAUCAUGCUAACAAUAUAAUUUAGCAACAAAUGCGCAAACAAAUAAUUGAUUGAACUGACCGCACAACAGCUGUCGGCUAGAGUUACCGUACCUAAAUAUCUACUGAGAGCUUACUCUUUUUUUCUGUAAGAAAUUCUCCAUUGUGACUUCGAGGUAUCAUAUAUAGGUGCUAUAUGAAAUUCCAUAUUUAUGCUAAUGCAAUAAUUAUUUUGGACAAAAGUUACAAUAUCUAUAUUUCGGCCAAAUAUGUACCCACACUUGGAUAUAAAUAAGCAUAUGUUUUUGCAAAGUAAUCGGUUAUGAAUUGCAACAUUCCUAAUCUUAUGAUAAAGGCGACCCUAUUUUGAGUACGAAACAAACAAGAAUAAAAUUAUUUGUUGGUAAAUUGUGGUUUGCUCUUUUUUGUUGUCACUCCGGUUUUAGAUUGAUUUGGUAUAUUAACAUUUAUAAAUUUUUGUGAAUUACAUCCCGAAAAGAUUUUCGCAAAGAAUAGACGGACGAUAUUUGUGUGUUUAAGUUACAUAUAAUGAAAACUUGUAAUAAUUUUAUGUAAAUUUCAAUUGAAUAAAUACUGACACGCAGUACAAAUGCACCAACCUAUAAUCUAUGCAUUGUAGAGUGGGCAUACAUGUAAAAGAGGCAGAAAGUUACUGACGUGUCGCUGUGAUCGAUUUCAAAAAAUAUUAAUAAAUAUGACUGUGCGUCGCCGACAGGAAACGAAUGGGAUGUCGUCUGAUGACAAUGACAAGCAGCAAUUGUUGGUCGAGACGCCUCCGUCGGACUGUCCAUCGAAUGUAAACGAUGAAUUCCAUGAGAAAACAGAUAUACGCGGCGAUCGCGGCAAUAUUGCCAUACUUUUCUUCCUCUACGUAAUGCAAGGUAUACCAUUAGGUCUGAUUGCUGCCGUUCCCAUGCUUUUACAGAAUCGUGGAGCUAGUUAUAAACAGCAAGCCGAAUUUUCCUUCGCUUAUUGGCCGUUUAGUAUGAAACUUUUAUGGGCGCCAAUUGUUGAUUCCAUCUACGUUCGCCGAUUUGGCAGACGAAAAUCAUGGUUGGUUCCAUCGCAAUAUCUAAUUGGUAUUUUUAUGCUUUUUCUAUCAUGGCAAAUAGAACGAUGGUUAGGUGGUAAUGGGGCUGAUCCCAAUGUACCAUUCUUAACCAUGCUGUUUUUCUUACUUAACUUUUUGGCCGCUACUCAAGAUAUUGCUGUUGAUGGUUGGGCGCUUACUAUGUUGAAGCGAUGCAACGUUGGUUAUGCGUCGACAUGCAAUAGUGUUGGCCAAACCGCUGGUUACUUUCUGGGCUAUGUGGUCUUUAUAGCGCUGGAAUCAAAAGACUUUUGCAACAACUAUCUACGCACAGAACCGUUGGAUAAAGGUCUUGUAAUAUUGCCAGAUUUUUUAUGGUUCUGGGGCAUUUGUUUCAUGGUAGUGACAACUUUGGUAGCGAUCUUUAAAAAGGAGAAUGAUGUACAAGAUGCACAUACGGCGGCACGUUACACCGAUGAACACGAGUUGAACCUACGCGAGAGCUACAAGAUUCUCUACGACAUGGUACGCAUGCGCCCCAUACAAAUUUUAGCCGCCAUUUUGUUAACCGUCAAAGUUACUUUUGCUGCCUGUGAUGCAGUCACAUCAUUAAAAUUAAUCGAUGCUGGCGUGCCAAAAGAGAAGUUGGCACUGUUGGUUGUGCCCAUAAUCCCAUUGCAAAUAGUGUUGCCACUAAUUGUCAGCCGUUAUACACACGGACCACGCCCCAUGGAUAUAUAUGUGAAAGCCAUACCGUAUCGAAUUGUCUUUAGUACAUUAGCGGCCAUCAUUACUUAUUGCACACCUUUUAUGAUUUCGAACGGUUAUGUACCCAUCUACUACUAUGUGCUCUUAAUUGUUAAUUACGCUUUGUACCAGGUGUUCCUCUACUGCAUGUUUGUAGCUGUAAUGGCAUUUUUCGCGAAAAUUUCCGAUCCUGCAGUAGGUGGUACAUACAUGACAUUCCUCAACACACUGUCGAAUCUGGGAGGAAACUGGCCAAACACUGUAGUUUUGUGGUUGGUGGAUGUGCUAACAUGGCAAGAAUGUACCCAUGUCGACCCAGAAGUGGCAGCACAAAAUAGUUGUCUGACAAAGACUCAAAAAUCUGAAUGCGAGGCCGCUGGUGGUGAAUGUAAAAUUGUCUUCGAUGGCUACUACAUUGAAUCGAUUAUAUGUAUAAUAUAUGGUAUUGUGUGGUUGUUGUGUGUGCGGCGUUGGAUAAACUAUUUGCAAAGUUUGCCCACACGAAGCUGGUUGGUUGUUAAAAAGGGAAAGAGUGGUGGCGGUGCCAAAAAGUCAAGAUAGCAAUUCAUUGUAUGACAUAAGGAGGAUGUGGGUCACACCUACCUGUUGGAUGACCUUAAGGUUGAUGCGGUAGAAGAGUUAGACGUGGAUAUUGAAACUGUGCGGAAUAUACAUGCUCCGUCGAUUUAAGACACAAUUUGCUAUUCUCUUUAGUUUUGAUUUAGUAUAGAAUUAAAAUAAUACAAUUUCUGUUUAAAAAUUCCAAUGAAAUGCUUUUAUAUGUAUGUGAGAACAGUGCAAUUGAAUUUUAGUUGUAAGGUAUGCAUUUGUUUAACCAGUGGUACAAUACAAUCGACUUGCUUUCAAAAACUUGUUGCUAUCUAUGGCACAAACUUUGUGAGAGUAAAUAGAAUUAUCUAAAUUGAUGUUUGUCUUGUCUUAAUAUUAAUAUUAAUUAAAAUAAAAUACUGCAAAACUUGUAUUUAUAUAAAAAGGAAAAAAGCUUAAGAUUUGAUGUAAAUGCCUACACAAGAUAUUUGUAGCCAUUUUGGAGAAUUAAAAAAAAAAGAACACCUUAGUUUGCAGCCCGAAUAA